AUGGAAGCCUCGCUUGUCAAGCUCGCCGAAGCUAUCUCUAGACUGCCAGAUGGCCGCUUAGCUGGUGCGCGGACAGGGCCACUCGGACAACAUCUCUGGGCCUCCCUCGACAACACCGGCACACCACAAUAUCCCGAGGAUGAAGAGGGUCCAUACAAAGCCUUCAAUAUUGGAUGGGAACGCGCGUUUCGCAUUCCUCCAGGCCGUGAUCGCUCAUCACUCUUCCCUCUUGUUUGCCGAGGGAAGUAUGGGUUGAUUUUGGCUCAUAACUGGGCCAAGCAUUACGCAUCGUUGGUCCAAGACAUGGAUGUGAAGAUGAUCCAGCUUCGCGUAGAUCAGCUUCUUGAUUUGAUUAGUGCUGCUUUGAAAGCGCACAUAUCAGACGUCUCAGAGAACCACAAUCUGGGACACAGCAAAGACAGCGUCUUGCAGGAAGAUGGAGAUGCGACCGAAGCUGAGCUUCCAACCGGUGAAAGCAAGAAGCGCAAGAAGAAGGAUUCCGGGCAGGAGACUCAAAAGGUCAUUAAUUUAGACGCACACGAACCCGCAACCGCUUCCCAAACCACCAAAAAACAGCGUAAAAAGCACUGCACCAAGUCCCCGGACGCGUCAAAUGAUGACACAUCGAACGAGACGACACAGGCGCCAGCUAAAAAAGCACCAGCUAAAAAGAAGGCAGCUAAAAAGAAGACGGUUGUGGUGGACUCCGUGAGUGCCUCAUUGAUCAUUGCUGGCAGACCAUUGAUGUCCUCGAAGUCAUCCUCCAGCUCCGAGGACGAGGAUGACAACAGUCCAGCUCGGACAAGCGACAAACUUACUUGGGCACUGUCCCAAUAUCUCACUAAGGAAGCCAAGUCGGUGCAGAAGGGCGAGAAACGAGUGUGGAAGGUUUUCUGUCGGUAUUGCAACAAGUAUCGCACAACACUGCGCACCAAGGGUGUCCAGAGCUUUGCUGAUGAGACCCUUCCGCUCUCAACUCCCAGCAACUGGAUCUCACAUGCUCUGGAAUGCACGCGACACCCGAUUAAUCAAUCCUUCGAGACUUUUCAGUCAAUCGCUCGCAACAGCGGCACUAUGCCAGCUUCGGAUGUCACCGCAAGCGACCAGACAAACAAGAUCAUGACCGCGUUUCUUCAGCCAGGCCGUGAGCAGCCUGAAAGCCAGUCAAAGGCCAAGGUCACGAAGCCUGGCUAUCGCGAGCGUGUUGUUGUUGCUGCUGUCACUGACGACAUGGUCUAUUCUUUCACCGAGAAGCCCGGCAUGCAGCGCUUACUUGAAUACAUACUUCCUGAGAAUAUUCCGGCCACAAUCUCUCAUCAAACUAUCAGCCGUGAUGUUGAAUCGCUUCAUAAAGCCUUGGCGAAAAAAUUACAUCUCAUGCUGCAGGAAAACGAUUCACAAAUCAGCAUUGCUUCCGACAUCGUGACAACAUGGGGAAUGGUCCAUUCAUUUUGCGGUAUUGUUGUGUCCUUCAUCGAUAAGGACUGGGUCCGCCACGAAUAUGUACUGGAUCUGAUCCCACUCAAUGGCGAUCAUUCGGGGAAGACCAUCGGCCGACUAAUCUACAAACGCCUUCACCGUGCCGGGAUUGUGACCAAAAUGAUUGCUUCCGCGGCCGACAAUGCGUCAAGCAACGGUCCCAUGAACGAGGAAGUUGUUCGUCGUUGCUGCAAGGCCCUUCCGGAUUUUACCAUGUCCUUGGAGACCCGUAAUUUCCAGAUCGGAUGUGGGGGUCACGUAACAAACCUUGUUGCUCAAAAAAUCGACUCCGUUCUUGGACUCUGUGUGGCCCCCGAGGUCGAAGAUCUCUAUGAUGAGAUCCGUUCCGAACCACUCUUCUACGACAUUGAACAGGAUCCAGUAGCUCUUGAGGAACAGCGAGUGAUGGAGCAGGAGACUAUGGCAGGGGUUGAUCCGGAUGAGUGCAAUAGCGAGGAUGAGCAGAUCGAGUUAGAGGAUGAGUCUACAUCUGAGCUCGAAAGCGAAGAGGAAUGGGAGGAUGAGGAGAACGGGACUAUUCAUUCAGCAGCCGUUUACAUUCUCCGUUCGGAAAUUCGACGCAAAAAAGCCCGUAGAUUCAUCCGUCGAAAGGUACAACGGAAGUACCGACACCUUGUAUUUGUUCGAAGCAUGUGGGUUCGCUGGAACACCCGUUUGGCUGAGCUCCGGCGGGCUUACCUGCUUCGAGCGGCGUUUGAUUAUUUCGUGGAGCGCAUGGGUGAUGGCUUCACUGGAAAGGCACUUGCGGCAGCCCAACGCAAAAUCAAGAAGUGGAGAAUGGACUCCACCGACUGGGAGUUUGUUGAACAACUAAUCAAAGCUCUUGAGAUUCUCGAGCUCAUCACCAAAGAGUUCUCUCUCAAAACGGUCCCAACCCUCCCGAAAGUUCUUCCGUUUUAUAAGCUGAUGGAGACCGAUCUUGAGGCAAAGUCGAAGGAACUUCGUUCUAUUCCCAACCUCUCCGCUGCUCUCCUCGCUGGCUCAAAAAUGGCGACGAAAUACAUCAACAAAGCUCUCGAAGGUGAUUACCCAAUGUUGGCAACCCUUUUGCACCCUGCGUUACGUCUCCGCUUCUUCCAAAACAGCAAUUGGGACCCCAGUGUUGCCAACAGAGCGAAAAAGAUCCUCGUCGAAAUUGUACAGAGGUAUCUGGCAGAGAUUCCAACCUCUGAUACGGCUUUGGUUGCAGAGGCUGCUCCUACCCGCAGUGUCUUCGGUCUGGCAGCAACCAUGGGCUCCAGGACUGGAGGUGUCGCUUCACUUGAUGCCAGUGCAGAGAUAGAGCUUUAUUUCGGAGGCAUCUCACCUGUCGCGGACAUGUUUGAUGAUCCACUCGGAUGGUGGAAGGACCAGGCCGUUACACUCAAAGGUCUUGCGCCUGCUGCGCGUGAUAUCCUCGGCAUUCCCGGAGUCAGUAUCUCUGUUGAACGCCUCUUUUCGAGCCUCCGUCACACUCUGAAGGAGUCUCGGAUGUCUAUGACUCCCGAGAAGAUUGCCAUGAGUGUCAGUACAAAGGAAUGGAUCAAGUCUGGGCUGAAUGAGGGUCUCCAUUACACUGAUUUUAUUCGUAUGCACAGUAAAUAA